CGGAGCGGAGCGUUAAGCGGUGCAGAGCCAAGGCCAGGCAGACAGCCGCUCCGCCUUCCGGGUCCCCACAGCCCCGACGGCCCAGUCACGCGCAUGGCACCCCGGGAAACGCACUGAGCGCGGGGUCGCAGCGCCGCGGGCUGUACCAUGGCCCUGGAGCAGGCGCUGCAGGCGGCCCGGCAGGGAGAUCUGGAUGUGCUAAGGUCCCUGCAUGCCGCCAACCUGCUGGGGCCCUCGCUGCGCGACCCUCUGGACGCCCUGCCUGUGCACCACGCGGCCCGUGCGGGAAAGCUGCACUGUCUGCGCUUCUUGGUGGAGGAGGCAGCCCUGCCUGCCGCGGCCCGCGCACGCAACGGCGCCACACCGGCCCACGACGCCGCAGCCACCGGCCACCUCGCCUGCCUGCAAUGGCUGCUCUCGCAGGGUGGCUGCAGGGUGCAGGACAAAGACAAUUCUGGUGCCACAGUCCUGCAUCUGGCCGCCCGCUUCGGCCACCCUGAGGUGGUGAACUGGCUGCUGCGUUAUGGCGGUGGGGAACCCACCGUGGCCACAGACACAGGCGCCUUGCCCGUCCACUAUGCCGCCGCCAAAGGAGACUUCCCCUCCCUGAGGCUUCUUGUCGGCCACUACCCUGAGGGAGUGAAUGCUCAAACCAAGAAUGGUGCCACGCCCCUGUACCUGGCGUGCCAGGAGGGCCACCUGGAGGUGACGCAGUACCUGGUGCAGGAGUGCGGCGCGGACCCGCACGCGCGCGCCCACGAUGGCAUGACCCCGCUGCACGCCGCAGCGCAGAUGGGCCACAGUUCGGUCAUCGUGUGGCUGGUGAGCUGCACCGACGUGAGCCUGUCGGAGCAGGACAAAGACGGCGCCACAGCCAUGCACUUCGCCGCAAGCCGCGGCCACGCCAAAGUGCUCAGCUGGCUCCUGCUGCACGGCGGCGAGAUCUCGGCCGACCUGUGGGGCGGGACCCCGCUGCAUGACGCCGCCGAGAACGGCGAGCUGGAGUGCUGCCAGAUCCUGGUAGUGAACGGCGCGGAGCUGGACGUCCGCGACCGUGACGGGUACACGGCCGCCGACCUGUCGGACUACAACGGCCACAGCCACUGCACCCGCUACCUGCGCACCGUGGAGAACCUGAGUGUGGAGCAUCGAGUACUGUCCCAGGAUUCGUCUGCUGAGCUGGAGGCAAAGCAACCAGACUCGGGCAUGUCCUCACCCAACACCACCAUGUCAGUCCAGCCACCGAACUUUGACCUCAGCUCGCCUACCAGCACUCUCUCCAAUUACGACUCCUGCUCUUCCAGCCACUCCAGCAUCAAAGGCCAGCGCACUCCUCGCGGGCUCUCCAGCACGAGAGCUGCAGACAUACAGAACUACAUGGAUAUGCUGAACCCGGAGCUGGGCCUGCCUCAGGGCAAGAUGGGGAGACCCGUGCCUCCGCCGCCGCCACCCAGCUUCCCUCCACCACCCCCACCCCCAGGCACCCAGCUGCCCCCACCUCCACCGGGCUACCCAGCCCCCACCCCCCCUGUGGGGCUACAUGCAGCUGACAUCUACAUGCAGACCAAGAACAAGCUCCGCCACGUGGAGACAGAGCCACUCAAGAAGGAGUCAUGGGCUCAAGUGAAGAAUAGAACCCUAGAUGUCUUCCGGGUGGGAGAUGCCAUGUCACAGCUUGAGGUGAGGGCCAGGAGGAGGGUGUGGCAGCCGAGCUCCCGCGACCACCACAACGGGCUGCGGAGACAGGACUCCGGCCGCAAGCCCCGCACCUUCAGCAAGCAGCCCAGCACGGGGGACUACUACCGCCAGCUGGGCCGCUGCCCCGGGGAGCCGCUGGCAGCACGCCCGGGCAUGGCGCACAGCGAGGAGGCGGCGCUGCUCCCGGGGAACCACGUGCAGAACGGCUGCGCCGCGGACCCCAAAGCGUCCAGGGAGCUGCCCCCGCCGCCGCCUCCGCCGCCGCCGCCCCUGCCGGAGGCCCACAGCUCGCUGCCGCCUGCCCCGCCUCUGCCCCUGGAGGGCGCGGGCUCCGGGCAGCGCCGCUCCUCGUCGUCCACCGGCAAAGUGAGAGUCCUGAGGCACAGGAAGAGCACCAAGUCUUUCAACAUGAUGUCCCCAACGGGUGACAACUCGGAGCUACUGGCUGAGAUCAAGGCAGGCAAGAGCCUGAAGCCAACACCGCAGAGCAAGGGCCUCACCACAGUUUUCUCAGGCAGCCGGCAGCCAGCAACCCAGCCUGACACUCAGGUGCCGCCCGCGUCACCUGCCCCAUCUCGGGCCCGGAGCCCCACUCCACCAGCCGUGGGACCUCAACCACUGCUCAAUGGCAGCAUAGUGCCCGCACCACCCGCCACCCCUGCGCCAGGUGUGCAGCUCAAUGUGGAGACACUCGUUCCCACGCAUGACGAGCAGGGCCGGCCCAUCCCUGAGUGGAAGCGCCAGGUGAUGGUGCGCAAGCUGCUGGUGAAGAUGCAGGAGGAGGAGGAGCAGAAGCGGAAGCUGACAUCUGCCAGCUCGUGCUGCUACCCCCCGGAGGGCUGGAGGUACUCCCGCGAGCACAACGCCAUCCUCGGGCCCUUCGGCGAGCUCAUGACCGAGGCCGACAUCCUCCGCAUCGAGCAGCAAAUCGAGAACCUGCAAGUCCUACACAAGGCGCAGAAGCUGGAAGCGCGCCUGGAGCAGCUGGAGCUGGAGCUGGAGCAGCUGCUGCCCAUCUCAGCCGCCCUGUCGGCACCGCGUUUCACCAUUGACCCGCGCCGCGUGCACGGCCGCGCCGCCAGCCUGCCCGCUUGGUGCAGCAAGAUCUCCACGCUGCUCAAGAGCAUGGCCACUCUGCUGGCAGCGCUGGGCGGCCGGCCGGCACACCUGGCGGAGCUGCUGACCGCCGAGACUGGCCAGCCGCUGGAGCCGCUGCCCGAUGCGCCCUCACGGCCCGGGCCGCUCUGCCUGGGCCGCUCGCACUCGCUCAGCUGGUGUCGGGAGGCGGUGGCCCGUGAGAUCCUCGAGUGCGGAGUUUCGGUGCAGCAACUCCGAGCCACCUAUGAGCUGCGUGCCCAGGGCGCGGCGCCCGCAAGCUGCCAGCACCGCAAGCUCCUGCAGUCGGCCAGCACCCCGGGCCGUGAGCCCAUCCUGGAGGAGGACUACGUGGCAGCCGGCUCCGAAGAACCGUGCGCUGCGGUGGCAAACGGACGACUGGCCUCUGAGGAGCCCUUGGGUACCUUGGGCCUGCCCGAGGCGCGGGACCCUCAGGUAACACUGCCAGAGCCCGAGCAGCUGGCGCGCAGGCCGCCGCUCUCCACCGAGCUGCCCGGCGUCCAGGACUACAUCGACAUGCGCAAAGAGCGCAUCGUCUACCUUUUCCUGGAGCAUUGGCGCAAGUGGACUUUCCGGGGCCCUGGGCGCCACGCCCAGGCGCGCCUGCGCAGACUUCUGCCUCGCGUUGUGGCCGCUGGCGCUGGCGAUGUCCCGGACGAAGCGGGCGCGCCCCAGGCCCUGGCGAGUGACAGCGAGAACCACAGCCCGGACGAGAGGCUGCUGCACCUGCUGAAACAGCGGCAAGUGGUGGGCAAGUUGCUGGGUCACUGGCGGAGUCUGCUACAGCAGGUACCCGCGCGGCAACCGCGAUGGCAGGGCCUGGCGCAUGGCCUCUACUGGCCGCAGCACUUCCUGCCACCCCUCGACGGAGGUGCCCCUCGGCGCUACGACAGCCUCACGCUCGACCUCUUCAUGCUUGGCUACUUCCAGCUGCUGGAGAUGGGCCUCAGCCGCGAGGAGCGCAAGUUCCGCCACCUGCUGUGCUACGAGAUGUUCGACCGGCUGGGCAGCCACCCGUGGGAGCUCAUCCGACUCUUCCACCGCGUUGUGCUGGAGGAGGUGGAGGCCGGCCGGCGCAGCUGGAGUGACGGCUUUGAGGACCUCAGGCGCCAGUUCUUUGGAGACAGCCCGGAGGGUGAACCAGCCAGGGAAGAAGAGAAGGAAGAAGAGAAAGAGAAAGAAAAGGAGGAGCAGGAGGAGCCCCUGGAAGAGGCCGUGCCAGCUGACUCGGAGGACCUUACAGAGGAGCAGCCGGAGGCCCCGGCCCCUGCGCCACAGCCCCCGCCUGCCACGCCUCCCCCCGCCUCGGACCCUUCUUGUCUCCAAGCCCCUGCCGAAGACCCUUUGGAACUGGUGUCUGAAAUGGGCGAGUUCAGCAAUGAGGACAUCUGUCGCUACAUCGACCGCAGCUUCUCCUUCUGGAAAGAGAAGGAGGCAGAGAUGUUUGACAUCUGAGCAGUGAAUUCAGAAUUUACGCUCAAGGAUCUUAACCUGGGUCUGGAGGCCUGCUUGAUGCCCUCCAGAAGCCAGCAGGGGCAGGAAGAACCCAGGACCCCUGUGCUCAGGACCAGGCUGCCUCAGCCUUUGAGGUCCCCUCCAGGCAGGACGUGCGCAUUUGCCUAUAUAGGCAGGGCAUGGCACAUGGCAAACCGGGUGUUCCCUGUAGCCCAUGACCUCACUGAGCUCUGUGGGGAGCCAAGCAGCAGAAUCAGUCCCUCCAGGGAGGGACCAUGGCCACUCUGGGGCACUGUGGCUCUGUCUCUGGCUUUUCAAUAGGGUUUACAGCUACCUCCUUGGACGCCUGUGGUGUUCUGUGUGAUGUGUGAUGUGUACAGACUCUCCCCUGUGACAUGAAGGAAUAAAACACUUUGCUGUAAGCUGCCUGUGUUGGACGCCCCUCACAUACAAUGUCUUUGCAGCCCCACAAUGUGGAACCAGUGUCCACUCCUUUGGGGAAAGGGCAAGCGUGAGUCAGAAGGUACCUCACAGGGAAACCAGGACAAUCUGAGUCCCGGAGCUAGCCAGGUGGUAGUGGUUGGAGCGGGGCAAGUCUUUUGUACAGAGAUUCUGGAAGAUGGACCAGGUACCAUGUGUCCACCUGCCCCCAUGGUAAUCAGGCUCAGGCCCUCUGUCCUCUGUUCUCCUUCACUCAACUUUGAUCUCUCUGGCUCCACCUUUAGUUCACUGGGCUGAGUCGCAGUGGGGUGGGGUUGGGUCGUGUGGAGAAUGGGGCAGGAGGCACCCUCCUUCAUUCAUCCCUUAGAUGGGCAUCAAAAGCACUUCUUCCUGUGACCACAUCUGUGUUCUGUUGUCCCUGGAUCCCUUCAGGUGCCCUGGGUUGGGGGUAAACCCCCCUGA